UCAAAAUUUAAUUUUAUCGUGAAGUCUGACGGUUAAAAGUUGUAUCGUAUCGUCACAUUUUCAUUAUACAUCUAUUUAACACUUUAAAACUAAUUUAUUAACUUCGACUGAGGUAUAGAAAUGGAGGUUACCGAUGAAAACUUGGCUACGUUGGCAAAUUACCUUCAACAGACUUUAAAUCCCGACACCAACGUACGACGACCGGCUGAAAAAUUCCUUGAGAGUGUGGAGGUUAAUCAGAAUUAUGCUAUUCUGGUGUUGCACCUCAUUGACAAAGAGACAGUGGACCUCACAAUACGAGUAGCUGCGGCAAUCGCCUUCAAGAACUUCAUCAAACGUAAUUGGCCUAUUGAUGAAGAUGGAGUGAACAGGAUCCAUGCAUCAGACAGAAACACAAUAAAAACAUUGAUUGUUUCACUUAUGCUGAAGUCUCCGGAAGCCAUUCAAAGGCAGUUCAGUGAUGCAGUGUCCAUCAUUGGUAAAUGUGACUUCCCUGAAAACUGGCCGAGCCUCAUUCCCGAGAUGGUUGAAAAGUUUAACACUGGUGAUUUCCAUGUUAUAAACGGAGUGUUGAGGACUGCUCAUUCAUUGUUCAAGCGUUACCGGUACGAGUUCAAAUCACAGAAACUUUGGGAAGAAAUUAAACAUGUCUUAGAAAAUUUUGCUAAACCUCUCACAGAUUUGUUUGUGGCCACAAUAGAUUUAACUACGAAACAUGCGGACAACCCACAAGCCUUAAGAGUUAUCUACGGGUCCUUAGUAUUAAUUUGUAAAGUAUUCUACUCACUAAAUUAUCAAGAUCUGCCCGAGUUCUUUGAAGACAACAUGCCUAUAUGGAUGCCCAAUCUCCUGAACUUAUUACAAGUUAAAGUGCCAUGUUUGGAGACAAAUGACGACGAUGAGACACCGGGUGUGAUGGAACAGCUUCGCACGGAGAUAUGUGAAUGUGCAGCGCUGUAUGCUCUGAAGUAUGAAGAGGAGUUCGCCCCGCACGCCCCGGCCUUCGUCACCUGUGUCUGGACCGUGCUGCUGGCCACUGGACCCCAGGCCAAGUAUGAUGCGCUCGUCUCGAACGCAUUGACAUUCCUCGCGAAAAUUGCUGAGAAGAACAAUUACAAAAGUUUGUUCGAAGAUCCCGCGACGCUGAGCAGUAUAUGCGAGAAAGUUGUCAUACCAAACAUGGAGUUUAGAGAGUCGGACAUGGAACUGUUCGAGGACAACCCGGAGGAGUACGUGCGGCGCGACAUCGAGGGCUCGGACGUGGACACGCGGCGCCGCGCGGCCUGCGACCUCGUGCGGACCCUGGCGCAGCACUACGAGGACAAGAUGAUGAACAUCUUCGGCCAAUACGUACAGUUGAUGUUAGCGAAGUACGGCGAGAUGGGCGCGGCGGCGUGGCGCGGCAAGGACGCGGCCAUGUACCUGGUGACGUCACUCGCGUCGCGGGGCAGCACGCAGGCCGCCGGCGUCACGCGAGCCUCGCCCCUCGUGGACCUGGCACAGUUCGCCCAGACACACGUCCUGCCCGAGCUGCAGAGGACUGACGUGAACGAGUUACCGGUGCUAAAGGCGGAUGCCCUCAAAUAUGUGAUGACCUUCCGUUCACUGCUACCAAAAGAACUCAUCACCGCCUCCGUACCUCUCCUGAUAGCGCACAUAGGCGGGCGGGGCGUGGUAUGUACGUACGGCGCGUGUGCGGUGGAGAAGUUGAUCGCGGGCGGGAUGGUGUCCCGGGCCGCGCUACUGCCGCACGCCGGGGCCCUGCUCGGGGCCCUCUUCACGGCGCUCGGACAGGCACACGACCCACAGGACCACAACGAAUAUGUCAUGAAAGCUAUUCUACGCACGCUAUCGUGUCUACAAGAUGGUUGCCUGACGUACUUGGGCGAUGCCUUGCCGAAGCUCGCUCACAUGUUGUCUGUAGUGGCCAAGAACCCGUGCAAGCCACAUUUCAACCACUACCUCUUUGAAACUCUCUCACUCGCCGUGUCAUUGGUGACAAAAUCGAACCCUAGCGCCAUAUCAGCGUUCGAAGACGCUUUGUUCCCGAUAUUCCAAGAGAUUUUGCAGAACGAUGUACAAGAGUUCAUGCCGUACGUGUUCCAGAUGUUGUCGCUACUGCUGGAGCUGCGCGGCGGGGGCGCGGGGGCGGGCGGGGGCGCGGGGGGCGGCGGCGAGGCGUACGGCGCGCUGCUGCCGUGCGUGGUGGCGCCGGCGCUGUGGGAGCGGCCCGCCAACGUGCGCCCGCUCGUGCGCCUCUUGUGCGCAUUCGUCGCGCACCGCACGCAACUCGUGCUCGACUCCGGACGACUCAAUGCCAUGCUAGGCGUGUUCCAGAAACUGAUCGCUUCGAAAACCAACGAUCACGAAGGAUUCUAUCUAAUUCAGACCAUGCUGUAUAAAUUCGGAAACGACGUGAUGGGCCAGUACACGAAGCAAAUUAUCACGCUGCUCUUCCAGCGACUGUCUUCGUCGAAGACUACGAAGUAUGUGCGCGGUCUCAUCGCGUUCCUCGGCUUCUACGCGGUGCACUUCGGCGCGGACCCGUUGAUCGAUCUCGUCGAAUCUGUACAAGCUGGCAUGUUCGGUAUGUACGUGGAGCGCGUGUUGGUCCCGGACCUGCAGCGCGUGGGCGGCGCCCUGGAGCGCCGCGCCGCCGCCGCGGGCUGCGUGCGCCUCCUCACCGACUCGCAACACAUGCUCGCCGGGGACCUCGCGCCGCUCUGGCCACGGGUGCUGCAGGCCUUGAUAUCGUUGUUUGAGCUGCCGACGGACGAGUCGGCUCUACCCGACGACCAUUUCAUCGAAGUAGACGACACGCCCGGGUACCAAGCUCAGUAUGCACAGCUCACUUGCGCCAAGGGAGCAGCCGGGGACCCGCUCGCUGGUAUCGAGGACCCGGUGGCAUUUUUGGCGACAUCAUUGGGGUCGCUAGCGAGCCGCGCCCCGGGCGUGUUGCCCCAGCGUCUGGCCGCCCUGGACGAGCCACAUCGACAGGCACUGCAACACUACCUCAACACGUACAGCGUACAAAUAUGCUGAACCAACUUGUGUUAACUUGUCUACACUGAAACCAAAUAAUCACUCGCUUAAAACUAAAAAUUGAUUCUGAAAACUCUUUUUUUAUAAUAACUAUCGUGAGACAUACUAAAUUAACUAAAGAUCAACGUUAUACUCACGUGCAUUAAUGGAGAAACGCUCUACUAGUUUCGAGUCACAGAGGGGCUCUUCAUCAUGAGCAGCGUGCGCAGACGCGGCGACGUCGCACAUCAUACUUUUCUCCAUUAAUACACGUUAAUAACAACGUGUUUUUAGUUAAUCUAAAAAAUAACUAAAAUCAUGGUGACGAUUUUCUCCUGUGCCUUGGUUGCGUUUACAAACAUACAAUUUCACAUACACAUGACACCCAGACCCGAAACAAGAAUCUGUGUAUCACACAAAGAGUUAUUCCGUGCGAGAAUUGAAGCUUAUUUCUCUAUUCGUGCAGUCAAAAUUGAAUCUAAGGACCCAUAACAUAAAUAACCUUUCUCCAUUUAUUGCAAAUUAUUUCUUAAUCACCAUCAUCAGUCCAUAAGUACCCAUUGCUAAGCAAACGCCUCUUCUCACACGCAGAAGGUAUGAGCAUUAAUCACCACGCCUGCUCAAAGCGGGUUGACAAUAUCAAACUUAUAAUUAGAAAUUAUAAACCCAAGUUUCCUCACGAUGUUUUCCUUCAACAUAAUUAUGUCAGUGGUGUCUAAAUAUUCUAAAAAUAAUUCAGUUCAAUUAAAAAUAAUAAAUCAGUCGAGUGAUUAGAAAUUCCAGUUUAGACAGGUAUUUGAUAUUUUGUUUAAAUCAAGAACGAUUGAUGUUAAAUGUGAACUAAGACUGGUGAUUAUUAAUGUAAGUAGAUGUUUGAUAGUUGAUCUUUGAAGUUGUUUAAAAUGAGUUGUAUUCAUAUUGAAAAUGAGUUGUAUUCUUAACGAAAAUGAGUUGUAUUCAUAUCAGAAAAAUGGCAUUACAGUCUCAAGGAGGUACAAUCCCCAUCCAAGAAGAUUUAAAAAAAAAACGUUGCCCUAUACUAGGGCUUUCUCCUGUAUCGUGGGUGUGUUUACAAACAUACAAGUUCACAUACACAUGACACCCAGACCCGAAACCACAAUUUGUGUGUGGAUCACACAAAGAGCUUCGUGCAGGAAUCGAACCCGCUACUCGUUACGCGGCAGUCGUGCAGUCGAACAAUGGUUUUGCAAUUAAAACAUUAUCUUUACUAAAGAGACUAAAAAUGAAUCUUAAUUUUGAUACGCGAAAACAAAAUGGAGAAUACAUUGAAAGAAGACGUAUAAAUGGUAGAAAGAUUGUGAAUUAAAUAAUAAAUAAUAUUAACUCUUAUUCCAUACAAUGUUUUUAAUAAUGUAUUUUGUUUGCUUGUACCUAAUUAUGUUUAGCUUCAAUAGUAAUAAAUCGUAUAAUUACAUUAAGUAAGCUAUGUUACUAACGUAUGGCAUGUUCUAAACUCGGAAACAAGUAACAAAAAAUAAGCCUUAACCCAUUACAGCAUAAAGUUUAUUAUAGCACUUAUUAUGAUUUUAAGUCUUUGACUGCCAAUAGAAAACUGUUGAAGGCAAAUCCUCCGCUAACGUCGGUCACCGGUGAUCACCACGCCGUUCAAUGUGUUAAUUGAAUUAAUUAUUCACAAUAUAUAGAAUUUUCUAGCGUCCGAUUUAUCGAAAGUUAUGCUGUAAUAAUCUUAAUAUCUCCAGAUCAGCUGAAUUGCUUCCAAACUUCUUUGAUCAUUAAUUAUUAUGUUAUCGGCUUACUCACGUAACUGUUUGACGAGGAACUCGACUAGUUUCAAGCAGUUUCUUUGAUCAUGUCUAUAUUAUUUCUGUUGAGACAGCUAAUUUACUAUGAAAACCCCAAUCUCUAAUACUCUUAAUCCCCAUCUCUAAAGGUCGGCAACGCUCUCGUAACGCCUCUGGUGUUGCGGGUGUCCAUGGGCGGAGAUUACUUACCAUCAAGUGAUCCGUCUGCUCGAUUACCGUAAAAAAGAAAUACAAGUGUAUUGUAAUGUGUAACUAAUAUUUGUUAAAUGUAAGAAGUUGAAGUAUGAAUGUGUUUGAAUAUAAUGAUUGUUAUGUAUGAAGUAAGGUGGCGCUGGGCGCUAGGUUGUUGAAGCAGUGAUAACUUUGUAAAAUAUAGUUUUGUACUGUUAUAGUAAAGCUGUAGUGUUUGUAUAAUAAAUGCUUCUUCUCAA